UAGUGUAUGACAUAACUGAAAGGUCGACACAUGCUACGCCUCAGGCAAGGCUCAACAUGAAGACUACGAUUGUACUACUUUGGAGUUUGGCAGUCUGUGUGUGUACAAGUUUCACAUCAGUGGGAGGUGAGUUCAUACUGAGAGUUAACUUGGUCAACUACACCAACCCAACCGGACUGUGUGCUGAAUAUCUGACUAGACUGAGUGAUGUAGCAAGUGCUGACCAGUUAGUACCAGUGUGCUGUGAUGAGCUACCAUUCAUAUCUGGCAACUGCACCAACACAGGAGAGGAGAGAUGUGACACCAGGUUCCGUUGGACCAUCAGACCAUUCGGUGCAUCACUGGAGACAAGACCCAGCAUGGGGUACAGCUUCACAGACUGCACAAUGUCCCCCAGCACUUGCCCAUUCAGUGAAAUGAGCACAACAUUCGGUCAAGGUCCAACAGCACUACUGGGAGUAACACCCAAUCCUCUGCCUGUCUCAAGAACAAAUUUUAACACGUGGACGGGACAAAUACAGUUCUUCAUAGAAGCCAUGGACAGUGGACUCCCAAACAUAAUAGACAGUCUGUUGAUUGACCUGGACAACCUCCAACUUGGAGCAGACUUCACAGAGGAGAUGACGUUCACUGGAUUCCACAACAUAUCUCACAUGACCAUGAGUUUCAGAGUCGAGUGCUCUCCUGGUUUCUGUGGACCUGGCUGUAACACACUUCAGAACAAUCCACGAGUGGCGACAUGUCGAGCUGAUGGCACUCUAACAUGUACUGAUAACCGAUUAGACCCUUCACCUCUUGUAGCCUGCAACGACUGCCUCUACAACCUGGAUAUUACUACUGGCUGCUCCACUUGUGUACAGACCAACUAUGACCCAAACAUAAACUGUCAAGCCUGCCUUCCCAACUUUGAUAUUGCAACGACUUGCUCAUCAUGUAACACCAGAUAUGACCCAAACGCUAACUGUGAAUCAUGCUUGGACACAAACUUCAAUCCUUCCGACGGUUGUACAUCAUGUUUGUUGGAACUCUACGACCUACAGACAAACUGCACCCAGUGUCUACCCAACAGAGAUCCCUCUACCAACUGCACCCAGUGUCUACCAGGCUGGGACAUCACUUCAGACUGUACUAGUUGCCUACCCAACAGAGAUCCAGCCACCAACUGCUCUCUCUGCCUACAACCAGACAGGUUCACUGAUACAGACUGCAGUGUGUGUGCUCUACCAGGAGGGGACCCAGCAACACUCUGUCAAACAUGCUUGGCCACUAACUUUGACCCUAACACAAAUUGCUCUGAAUGCAUAGGUAAUCGUGAUCUCGGCUCCAGCUGCUCCACUUGUCUGCCUGGAUAUGAUAGUAACCGUGACUGUGCAGUGUGUCUGUCUGGACAAAAUAUAUCCACAAGAUGUACCAUCUGUCUAUCUGGAUUCACUGGCAGUAACUGUGAACCUGUCGAUGUUGGACUAGUGGGUGGUAUCGCUGGAGGAGUGGGUGGAGUUUUGCUGUUCAUCAUUCUAGUAAUGGCCGUGCUCCUACUUACAGUCCGUAUCAGAAAGAGUGGUAAUCAAGACAUCAGUACUGCCACUACUAAAGAUAAAGAAGUUACAGAAGUUAUGGAAAUGAAUCAAAAUCCCGUGUACAGUAUGGGUACGAAUGAAACACCAACUACGGACCACGAAGCUAACCACACCCACCAAUACGAGACUGUGGACACACCCAUUGAAAUGAAACAAAACCCUGUGUACAGUGCAACCAAUGCUACUAAUAUUGAAGCUGACUACUAUGAGAACGAUGGUCUGGGCCCAACGAGAAAUGAGCAGCAACCGGAAUACGAUUAUGUUCAAGUGUGAAACUAUAUCAAACUUAUACAUGUAGCUAUUAUGUGCACUCCUGUGUACACAUACAAAUAAACUGUAUUAUUAAUUACCAUUGUGAUUACUAUAUUUGGGGUCUACAUUAAAACAA